CCGCGCUAUCCAGCCACCUGGUCUCGGUCUCGCCUCGCCUGGUCUUUACCCCCGGCAUGGAGGAGGUCCCUGUGAUAACGGCAGGCACCGCGGGCGCUGCCAAGGCCGAGGGAGCCGCAGCCAUGCCGCCCCCGCCUCCCGUCUCCCCGCCUGCCCUUACCCCGGCGCUCGCAGCGGGUGAGGAGGGCCAGCCGCCACUGCCCGAGGCGGGGGCUCCCGGCUGCUCGGGCUCCCGGCCCCCUGAGCUGGAGCCGGAGCGCAGCCUGGGCCGCUUGAGGGGCCGCUUCGAGGACGAGGACGAGGAGUUGGAAGAGGAUGAGGACCUGGAGGAGGAAGAAGAGGAGGAAGAGGAGGAAGAGAUGAGCCACUUCUCGCUGAGGCUGGAGGGGGGCCGGCCGGACUCCGAGGACGAGGAGGAGCGCCUGAUAAAUCUCUCUGAGCUGACCCCAUACAUCUUGUGUUCCAUUUGCAAAGGUUACUUAAUAGAUGCAACUACCAUUACAGAAUGUCUUCAUACAUUUUGUAAAAGCUGCAUUGUAAGACACUUUUACUAUAGCAACAGGUGUCCAAAAUGCAACAUAGUAGUACAUCAGACACAACCUCUUUACAACAUAAGGUUGGACCGACAGUUACAAGACAUAGUGUACAAAUUAGUGAUCAAUCUAGAGGAAAGAGAAAAAAAGCAAAUGCAUGAUUUCUAUAAAGAAAGAGGUCUAGAAGUACCUAAACCUGCUGUUCCACAGCCAGUCCCUUCGAGCAAAGGAAGAUCUAAGAAAGUCUUAGAAUCAGUGUUUCGUAUUCCACCUGAACUUGACAUGUCUUUAUUACUAGAGUUUAUUGGUGCUAAUGAAGGCACGGGACAUUUUAAGCCAUUGGAAAAGAAGUUUGUCCGAGUUUCAGGAGAAGCAACUAUUGGACAUGUAGAAAAAUUCCUCAGAAGAAAAAUGGGUCUUGAUCCAGCUUGUCAGGUAGAUAUCAUCUGUGGUGAUCACUUGUUAGAGCGGUAUCAAACUCUAAGGGAAAUUCGACGUGCAAUAGGUGAUGCAGCAAUGCAGGAUGGUCUGCUGGUCCUUCAUUAUGGACUUGUGGUUUCUCCUUUGAAAAUUACUUGAAGAUUCUAAGGGUAUUAUGAGGAGGGAAACAAAAUAAGGAGACUUCUGCAGGAUUGCAUCUCACCAAAGAUUUCCAUGAAAUGUGUAAUUGCUAUCACU